CAAGGUCGAAUAGGAUUAGUACAGUGGUCUUUCAUGGUUCGAAGAGAACAGAGAGACAGAGUGUGAGUAAGAGAGAAUUCAAGAAGAGAAACUAUAUUGAAAAGAGAAAACCACUCACCGACUUGGGUAAGCACCAAAAUUUAAUAGUUACAUUGCUUUCUUGGUUUUCUUUGUGUUUCCUCUUCCUUUUCGGAAUUGAAAAAGGCAUUCAAAUUCUGGAGUACAUAUAUAUAUAACAUUCUCUUUUUGUUCUUUCUCACUACCUUGUAAUUGUAUCUCUCUUUCUCUCUGUGUUUCUCUCCCCGACAAGACAGUGAGGCUUCCCAAGAGAGAUAGAGAGGAGUGUGAAGCAGAGGACUUAUCUGAAGAAGCUCUGUUAAUCUCUCCCUUUAUCACGUUCCUCUUGUUCUUGAUCACCUUCUGCAUGCAAUCUUGGUGUCAUUGUCAGACCCUGAAACAAACUUCCCCAACCUUUUCCAUGCUAUUAAAAUCAAAACGGGGUUUGACUCUACAUGCCUGAACGCAAAAAGCAAAGAUUAAAUCAAGACAACAAUUGUGACACAUCCAAGAAAAACUCUAUGAGGAAAGUUCGUAUUAUAUACCUUGAUCCUUAUGCCACUGAUUCUUCAAGCGAUGAUGAUGAAGAAUAUGAUCUUAAAGAUGAGUCAAUGACCGUUAAGCGCAGUGUCAUAGAGAUUUUGCUUCCGGGACUCCAACAUGAUUCAGAUACAGAUACUUGUCCGCAACACAGUUCAAAUAAAGGCAAACAGGAAAUUAGUACUAUUGAUAAUCAGGUUUGGGAUGAUAAGGACGAUAGUGAGAGUAGUAGGUUUCGUUACAAAAGUAAAGGUGGAAGAUCAUCGAUAUACAAGGGUGUUCGGCGUAGGCCAUGGGGGAAGUAUAGUGCGGAGAUUCGUGAUCCAAUUUUAGGCCGUCGGGUCUGGCUUGGUACUUUUGAUACUGAACUUGAGGCAGCUGCAGCUUAUCGGAAAAGGACUUAUGAGAUUGACAGAUUGCUAUGGUUACAGAAGAAUAAGAAUUCCUUAUCAACUGAUGGGAAUGACACGGAAGAGACCAAAGGUGUGUUUUCUCAUCCAUCCUCCCCAUCAUCUGUGCUUGAGGUCUCUACACCAGCUCUACUUGGUAAUGGAAUUGGAAAUUCAAUCAAAGAAGAAGACAAUGUGGAACUAUUUCUACACAACUCUAUUUCAGCUCUACUUGGUAAUGGAAUUGGUAAUACAAUCAUAGAAGAAGGCAGUGUGUUUCCAAUUCUUGAAGAAGAACAAUCGGUUUUGGAUUUCUGUGAAGCCCCAAUAACAUCACCAUCUAUUCUAGAGUUGUUUCCGCAGUUUGACAAUCAAAAUUUCAAUGCUAUCUAUAUCAAUGACAUUGAUGUUUAUCCUAUGCUUGAAGAUGAAUGGGGCAAGGACUAUGAUCUUCCUCCAAUCGAUAUUGAAUUUGCAACUGAGGAUUUUUCUUGGAUGAGGACCUAAAUUUUACAAG